AUGGUAUCACCAAUAUCCCACAUCUGCUUCCCAAUUCCUCCUCCUCAACUCAUUUCAGCAUCUGCUGAGACAAUAGUUAGUGCAGAUCCACCGUAUCCUCGACUGUCAGUUAACGUUGACAAAGUGGCUGAACGUGUGGAUCUGAAGAUCUCCUCUGCUGAAGUGACAGACUCUGCUAUGUACUACUGUGUUCUGAGGCCCACAAUGACAGGAAACCCAGACACACUGUAAAACAAAUGUACAGAAGCAGGGGAUAAAAAUUAUUGUUGUGAACUGUUUCAGAUCUAAUUAUUAUCUGGCUAUUCCAACUCAGGAUUACAACACCUGAACGCUUAAAGAUGUCCACAUUAUCAGUCCUUCUUCACCCCAAUCAAUACCAUUUAAAUCAACAAGAUAUACAGUGUGCCCUCAAAGCUCAUCACUAAGAUAAGGACCCUGGGACUAAACACCUCCCUCUGCAACUGGAUCCUGGACUUUCUGACGGGCCGCCCCCAGGUGGUAAGGGUAGGUAACAACACAUCUGCCACGCUGAUCCUCAACACGGGGGCCCCUCAGGGGUGCGUGCUCAGUCCCCUCCUGUACUCCCUGUUCACCCAUGACUGCAUGGCCAGGCACGACUCCAACACCAUCAGUUUGCCGACGACACAACAUUGGUAGGCCUGAUCACCGACAAUGAUGAGACAGCCUAUAGGGAGGAGGUCAGAGACCUGGCCCUGUGGUGCCAGGAUAACAACCUCUCCCUCAACGUGUUCAAGACAAAGGAGAUGAUUGUGGACUACAGGAAAAAAAAAAAGGACUGAGCACGCCCACAUUCUCAUCGAAGGGGCUGUAGGGGAACAGGUUGCGAGCUUCAAGUUCCUUGGUGUCCACAUCACCAGCAAUCUAUCAUGGUCCAAACACACCAAGACAGUCAUGAAGAGGGCACGACAAAGCCAAUUCCCCCUUAGGAGACUGAAAAGAUUUGGCAUGGAUCCUCAGAUCCUCAAAAAGUUCUACAGCUGCACCAUCGAGAGCAUCCUGACUGGUUGCAUCACAACGUUGUAUGGCAACUGCUCAGCCUCUGACCGCAAGGCACUAUAGAGGGCAGUGUGUAUGGCCCAGUACAUCACUGGGUCCAAGCUUCCUGCCAUCCAGGACCUCUAUACCAGGCGGUGUUAGAGGAAGGCCCUAAAAAUGGUCAAAGACUCCAGCCACCCUAGUCAUAGACUGUUCUCUCUGCUACCGCACGGCAAGUGGUACCGGAGUGCCAAGUCUAGGUCCAAAAGGCUUCUUAACAGCUUCUACCCCCAAGCCAUAAGAGUCCUGAACAGCUAAUCAUAGCUACCCGGACUAUUUGCAUUGCCCCCCCACCCCACCCCACCCCACCCCAACCCCCUCUUUUACGCUGCUGCUACUCUGUUUAUUAUUUAUGCAUAGUCACUUUAACUCUACCCACAUGUACAUAUUACCUCAAUUACCUCAACUAACCGGUGCCCCCGCACAUUGACUCUGUACCAGUACCCCCUGUAUAUAGCCUCCCUACUGUUAUUUUAUUUUACUGCUGCUCUUUAAUUAUUUGCUAUUUUUAUUUUUUCUUAAACUGCAUUGUUGGUUAUGGGCUUGUAAGUAAGCAUUUCACUGUAAUGUCUACACCUGUUGUAUUCGGCGCAUGUGGCAAAUCAAAUUUGAUUUGAUUUGAUUUGAGUGUAACUCCCUGUCUUCUAAAGAAGGCUUCACCUCAACACUACACAAACCUCUAUUUCUCUGAGCAGGUGGCUCCUCCUCCUGACAGUGGAGGUAGUUGCAGGGAAGACAGACAGCAGCCAAACAGUACAUAUCACAUAUCACAUCCUGCAGAUCACAGUACACUGCAUAUCACAGAUCACAGUACACUGCAUAUCAGACAGUUGAGUUAAACCCUGUCCUGUAGCUGCAUUUUCUGUCACAUACACCAUGAUGUUGCUCACUUCAAUCUUACUGUUUUCAGCACUUGUUGGUAAGUAAGGUUUUAUUUAAAGUCAUUUCCACAUUGUCUAAUGGCACUAUUUUAUUCUUGAAUAUUGUUGCGCUUCAAUUAUGAAAUAUGAAGUUCUAGUCAUGUACUGUAUUUAUUAGUCUUCAUGUGUAAUUUCUUCUCCUUCACAGGUGAUACUUUAGAGCAGGGUUCUUCAAUUCCGGUCCUGGAGGGCCGAAACACCUCUGUUUUUCAUCCUCUCCUUCUAAUCAGGGGCUAAUUCAGACCUGGGACACCAGGUGAGUGCAAUUAACUACCAGGUAGAAAUAAAAAACAGAAGUGUUUCGGCCCUCCAGAACCGGAAUUGAAGAACCCUGCUUUAGAGGAUGAUAUUACUCCAACCAGCCCUGAGGAGUAUUAUUUAGAGGGUAGCAGAGUUAAGCUCUCCUGUAACUAUACAGUAAUAGCAGAUAGUCUGCUGUGGUACAGACAGUACUCUGGAUCAGGUCUACAAUUCCUUUACCUCGUAACAACUACCAAUAAGCCACAUGAAGUGAAAGGUGAUCAACAAGACCUUCAACUGUCUGUUACACUGAACAAGGAGAGAACCCGUGUGGAUCUGGAGAUCUCCUCUGCUGAAGUUACAGAUUCUGCUCUGUACUACUGCGCCCUGAAGCCCACAGUGACAGUAAACCCAGAACCACUGUACAAAAACCUGACUGCUCCUGAUAUACUCUUAUGCAUAUUUUAGGGCAGGGGUGGGGCUUACUACUGUAGGUUCAAGAACACAAAUUCUCCUAUAAAAACUGUGUUGGAUUUCACUCCAACAUAUAACCUCAGCUACAAUAUGAUGGUUCUCUACACAGUUAUUUUACUGUCUGCACAGCUUAGUAAAUUACUGUAUUCCUGUUUAGGCUAAUGUAUAGUUUAUCUGUAUUAUUGGAUUUUAGAGUAAACACCAAGAUCUUUCCUCAUUUCAAAUACAUCUUCUUUGGGAUUUAUCCAUCACCUCUUCACAUUUGUAGGUGACAGUUUUCAGCAGACCAUCCAGCCAAACCAACAUGAAGUGUAUGGAGAGGAGGGUAGUAAUGUUCAGCUUUCCUGCAACUACUCCUCAGCAUACAGUGUACUGUGGUAUAAACAGUAUCCAGGAUCAGCUCCCCCAAUUCUUCCUCUUCAUCCACCAUGCCUCUAGGACUGUAGUGAGAGCUAAACCUCCCUACCCUCGCCUCACUGUUAAACUGAACAAAAAAAAGACCUGUGUGGAUCGGGAGAUCUCCUCUGCUGAAGUGAGAGACUGCUCUGUACUACUGUGCUGUGUUGUCAACAGGGACACAUAACUCACUGACUCAGCACUCAGCAGAAUACAGACCUGUCACCUGUCAGUUAGUUAGAGAUUUACAUGCAUCUGAUGUAUUUUGUUUGAUCUGUCAGUUUGUGGUUUUACAAACAUCUGCUAUCUUUUCUUUGACCAUAGAGCCAUCAAAUGGAGAUUUGUGCAUAAAUCGUUUGUAAACUGCUUCAAGUGAAUAUAAAACAUUGUUGUUUGAUUCAACAUUGUCAGCAGGAGGAGCCAGAGUAUUAAACUCAGGAUCAGAUUAUGAAUCCUGAAUAUAAAACAUGAAACUACCAUGAAGAUCAUAGCCAGUUGAAGCUGUGCUUUUCAUCAGCAACUGGUGCUUAUUCUACACAUCCUGCAAUCUACAAUGGUGUUCUGUUCACUUUUACUCUUGUUUGACUUGAUAUGUAACUAAUGACAUUUUGAUUUAACCUGAGUGUGAUUAUGUUAAGGUGUAUUUAUUUUUCUAAAUCGAAGAUUAUAAAGAUAAUACAUGAUAUGAGGACGCAUGUUUCUAACUUUGAAAACAUUUUCUCUUUAAACUGCAUUUGAAAUUAAUUCAAUCUUCCAUGUGUGUAUAAUAAUAUAAUAUAUAAUAUUGUGUUUUACAGGUCUCAGUUCUGAACAGGUAAUACCACCCUACACUGAUGUCGAAAUGGCGUCAGAAAGGGACAGAGUUACUCUCUCUUGUAACUACACAUCUGAUGUCACUCUUCAAUGGUAUCGACAAUAUCCCAAAUCAGCACCACAGUUACUGGUUAUGGAGUAUGUGGAUAAUACACCAGGGUUCACUCUGAAUCAUCACAAAAAGGCCAAAGGUGUGGUUCUGGAGAUCUCCUCUGCUGAAGUGACAGACUCUGCUCUGAAACACUGUUCAAAAAUCUACAGUAUAACAUCUAAUUGA